AUGCAGGCCAUUGCCCGACCGCUCGCACGCGUCGCCCCGAAGCACGUCCGCUACGCCGGCUCGCUCUCCGUCUGGUCUGCGGUCCCGGCUGGGCCUCCGGACCCCAUUCUGGGUGUCACCGAGGCCUUCAAGGCCGACAAGGACCCCCGCAAGAUCAACCUCGGUGUCGGCGCGUACCGAGAUGAGAACGGCAAGCCGUACGUUCUGAACGCGGUCAAGAAGGCGGAGGAGAUCCUUGUCCAGCAGAACCCGGACAAGGAGUACCUCCCCAUCACUGGUCUCCCCGAGUUCACUGCGUCGGCCGCGAAGCUCGCCUACAGCGUGGACAGCGCGCCGUUGAAGGAGGGCCGUGUCGCUGUGACGCAGUCUAUAUCCGGCACCGGUGCGCUCCGCAUUGGUGGUGCGUUUCUGGGUCGCUUCUACCCCCACGUCAAGACGAUUUACCUCCCGGUCCCGUCGUGGGGGAACCAUACGCCUGUCUUCCGCGACUCCGGCCUUGAGGUCAAGGGCUACCGCUACUUCGAUAAAAAGACCGUCGGCCUCGACUUCGAGGGCUUAAAGGAGGACCUCAAGGCUGCGCCGGAGAAGUCGAUCGUGCUCCUGCACGCCUGCGCACACAACCCCACUGGUGUGGACCCGACGCCGGAGCAGUGGAAGGAGAUCUCGGACAUCGUCAAGGAGAAGCAGCUGUUCCCCUUCUUCGACAUGGCCUACCAGGGCUUCGCGUCUGGGGACACUGCGCGCGACGCGUUCGCGGUGCGCUACUUUGUCGAGCAGGGCCACCAGAUCGCGCUCGCGCAGUCGUUCGCGAAGAACAUGGGUCUGUACGGCGAGCGUGUCGGUGCAUUCUCGCUGGUGACGUCCUCGCCUGAGGAGCGUGCGCGGGUGGACUCGCAGCUGAAGAUCGUCAUCCGGCCGAUGUACUCGAACCCGCCGCUGCACGGUGCGCGUAUUGCGAGCACGAUCCUGCGGGACGAGGAGCUGUACCGGCUCUGGGAGGGGGAGGUGAAGCACAUGGCGGACCGGAUUAUCCAGAUGCGUGACCGUCUGUACGACAACCUCGUGGGUCAGAACACGCCGGGCGAGUGGAGUCACAUCAAGAAGCAGAUUGGUAUGUUCAGCUUCACGGGCCUGACGCAGCCGCAGACGAAGGUGCUUGCGGAGAAGGCGCACAUCUACAUGACCGCCGACGGGCGCAUCUCGAUGGCGGGCCUGAACGGCAACAACAUCGACUACUUCGCGGAGAGCGUGAGCAAGGCCGUCAAGGGAGACCUCUGA